UCCUGUGACAGGACAUACGUUCUUCUCUCUUUUCUGGACAGCUGUCUUCACUCUGAGCAACAGCAUGAACCCAAGACUUCUGGACCACAGCAUGCAUCAUUUCCCCAGCAGCACCUACCCAGAGGACAGAGCAGAGCAUCCUCCCUCCUUUCUACACGACAACACAUACAACUCCUCCACUCGUCCAUCCUUCUCUCGCUCAAGCGGAGGAUCCCUUAUCUCUAUGCUCCUACAGAAACCCAUUGAGCAUGAACAGACCCUCCAGGAGUGCUCUGCUGCAUAUUACCACCACGACGCUCAGAUUUCCUUCUCUGCCUUGACGAGCCCUAGACUGGUGGAUCAUCACAGCAGCACUUCUUCCAAGAGCAGCAGCACCACCAUGGAGCCUCUGUCUCCAGCCAGCCAGGCAUCCACCGGGGCCAGCCCCACUAGAGUCAGCCCCAAUGGAGCCGGGUCGAACCAGGACUGGACCCUGGAGCUGGGGGAUAGACGCCAGGCGAAGCGUGCCAGAGUGGAGAACAUCAUCAGAGGCAUGGCAGUCUCUCCUCCCAGUCCCAGGGUUCAUUGUACAGAUGAAGGAGAGACCACUCCUACCAGUGACCUUCAGAGUGAGACAGUGGAAAACAAACAGGAGAACAAAAGGAAACAGAGGGUGCCGCAGCAUCAGGACCUCCUGAGGACGGGGGGCGCUAGCGGAAAGAGUACGGACGAAGGCCAUAACCUGAAGAAGCAGCUUCAGACCAUGCAGAGGCUCCUGGGUCAACUCCAGGCCAGGUUCAUCCAGAUCUACGAGUAUCAGACUGAGUCUCAGGAGGACGUCAGUGAUGGGACGUUUUCAACAGGUGUGAUGGAGGACGACCACCAAAGUACUUGGAACAAAGGAUACCCGGAGACAGAGGUGUUUAUGGACCCUUACAGUGAGUUUAACAAUGGAGGGCCUUUAGAUAGAGGUCAUCUGGGGUGGAAGAAUCACAAGCUAACUGACUACAUCCACUCAAACCCAGACAACGAAGACAAACUCCUAGCAGAUAUUCUCAAGUAUGAGCUCUCCAGAGCCGUAAACUCGAGCGUUGACUCGAUUUUCAAAAACAUAUCACAUACAUUAUUCAAGUCACCACAGCUACACAUCAAGGAUGGGGGAAUGGUGGAAACAGACGAUGAGACCAUGUUCCUCAGCUCUCAUGAGCCAGCAUCAUCAUCCACCCAUGUAGACAGCGUGUCACGACUCCCCCCAUGUUCCAAGAGUGGUAUGGCCCAACAACUACCAGAGAUUCAAACGGAGGCUCUAUCUCUGGUUGUUCAAAAGCCUGCUUCAAUGACUCGCCCAUGUUCUCUAAACCUAACAGUGAAAAGGCCUCUCCAUUUCCAUCAGCCCUCACUCCUAUACAACCACCCCACUGCUCUACAGGAAGACCACCAAGUACUGGAUAACCUGAAACACAACAGCUUCCAUCACGAUACCUUCGGAGGGCUCCAGUGUAGACCUACUACCACGGGUCUACCUACCCCAGAGAUGGUUGACUUAAUGUGGGAUCCGGUCAAAGUGAAGUCCAAGGUGACCUCCAGGCCACCCAGGAGUCCACAGGUUCACCACCCCAUAGCCACAGGGCAUAAUGUGCUUCUGGAUAGUCUCGGUCUCCCUCACGUUAAGAUGGAGUAUGGUAGCUUCCAGAGUAUGGUGAAGAGGACUUCAUAUGUGCUGAAUGAGGGUCUGACCACACACCACCUGAAGAAAGCCAAGUUGAUGUUCUUCUAUACUCGCUACCCUAGCUCUAACGUGCUCACAACCUUUUUCUCCGACGUCCAGCUCACUCGCUGCAUCAUGUCCCAGCUGAUUAAAUGGUUCAGCAACUUCAGAGAGUUCUACUAUAUUCAGAUGGAGAAGUUUGCACGUCAGGCGCGAGUGGAAGGGGUUAACAGUGUGAGGGAUGUAGCAGUGAGGAGAGACUCGGAGCUCUUCAGAGCCCUCAACAUGCACUACAACAAGGCCAAUGACUUUCAGGUCCCUGACCGGUUCCUGGAAGUGGCUGAGAUUACACUACAGGAGUUUUACAUCUCCAUCUCCCUGGCCAGAGACUCAGACCCAUCCUGGAAGAAAGCCAUCUAUAAGGUCAUCAGUAAACUGGACAGUGACGUACCAGCUGAAUUCAAAGCCCCCCUCACAACAUAGAAAGAGGCUGCUGUAUUAAAAACAAAGUGUAUUUUCCUGCAUGGGCCAUGCUAACAGUACAACAGCGGGACAGGGCACCUGGUAUUUCAAUAUAUGGUCAAUGUUGACGGUUCUGUAAGUCGCUUUGGAUAACAGCGUCUGGUAAAUAAGCAUUGUUAACGCCAUUUCCCAUUCAGAGGUCAGUCAUGUGAAAUGUGUGGCUGUACAGUAGGCCUAUGUCACAGCUGGGUUUUAUAUUCACAGUAGGAGGAUUGUAGAGCAAAUUGCAAUGUAGUUUCAUAAAAAAUAAAAAAAAAUAAAUGUAUAUGAUUUUGAUUGACAUCGAGGCAUGCGUUGCUGUAGAAUCUAUUAUCAACCUCAUAUUGGAGCAUGUGAAUUAAAUUAGUAUUUUUUGCUACAUCAAAUCAAUGUAGCGACAAUACAAGAGACCUUCAUUUGGAAUUUUUCAGUAUGUGUCAAUUACGAAGGCAGUUUCAUGUUAGUGAAUGGGGAGAAAGGCAUUAUUCCAUUCCAAAAUCUAAAAUGUUUUAAGUUUCAAGAGACCACUGAUGGUUUCUAAACUGUUGUAAAGAAACUGGACAGACAACAACAAAAAAAAAAAAACACAAGCCACACAAGUAGAAAACCCUUUAUUAAUACAAUAGGUGCAGUCUUUUCUGUCAGCGUGUGUCUCCUUCUACUCGCCUGGUGUAUCAGAACAAUAAAACCUGUAUAACGUGUCAAACCCUAAACUCACGUAACAUUCACGUAACCCCAAUACUAUUAGUUAAAUAUUCAAGUACAUACUGCAUGGACUCUGGCGAAAGGAGACUUCCGGGACAUUUGACUAUAACAACAUUCUUUAGCCAACGGACUUCAAAACUCGUUUACAUCACAUCGCUCCUUAAUCAUAUCAAUAUACUCACCUUGACGUCUCUGCUAAAAGUUCCAGCACAUCUCACAGGAAGAGGAAAAGUAAAAAGCUCCAUAUUGGAUAUUUCAAUCAGACAUGGUUUUCAACAGGUGUGACCUCAAACAUGACUUGUGGGUUUGUCUUCUUAAAUAUCCCGGCAAUAUUAGUUGAUUCGGCCUCCAGUAGUGCUGUAGUGCUCUGUGGAGUUCAUCUCCAGGAAAUCACAGAGCCGUAGUGUAACGCCUCUCUGUAGAGCUGCCCGCAGUAGUGCCUCUCUCUAGAGCUGCCCGCAGUUGUAGUGCCUCUCUCUAGAGCUGCACUCAGUAGUGCCUCUCUCUAGAGCUGCACUCAGUAGUGCCUCUCUCUAGAGCUGCCCGCAGUAGUGCCUCUCUCUAGAGCUGCCCGCAGUAGUGCCUCUCUCUAGAGCUGCCCUCAGUAGUGACUCUCUCUAGAGCUGCCCGCAGUAGUGACUCUCUCUAGAGCUGCCCGCAGUAGUGACUCUCUCUAGAGCUGCCCGCAGUAGUGACUCUCUCUAGAGCUGCCCGCAGUAGUGACUCUCUCUAGAGCUGCCCGCAGUAGUGACUCUCUAGAGCUGCCCGCAGUAGUGCCUCUCUCUAGAGCUGCCCGCAGUAGUGACUCUCGCUAGGGCUGCCCGCAGUAGUGACUCUCGCUAGGGCUGCCCGCAGUAGUGACUCUCGCUAGGGCUGCCCGCAGUAGUGACUCUCUCUAGGGCUGCCCGCAGUAGUGCCUCUCUCUAGGGCUGCCCGCAGUAGUGCCUCUCUCUAGGGCUGCCCGCAGUAGUGCCUCUCUCUAGGGCUGCCCGCAGUAGUGCCUCUCUCUAGGGCUGCCCGCAGUAGUGCCUCUCUCUAGGGCUGCCCGCAGUAGUGCCUCUCUCUAGGGCUGCCCGCAGUAGUGCCUCUCUCUAGGGCUGCCCGCAGUAGUGCCUCUCUCUAGGGCUGCCCGCAGUAGUGCCUCUCUCUAGGGCUGCCCGCAGUAGUGCCUCUCUCUAGAGCUGCCCGCAGUAGUGCCUCUCUCUAGAGCUGCCCGCAGUAGUGCCUCUCUCUAGAGCUGCCCGCAGUAGUGCCUCUCUCUAGAGCUGCCCGCAGUAGUGCCUCUCUCUAGAGCUGCCCGCAGUAGUGCCUCUCUCUAGAGCUGCCCGCAGUAGUGCCUCUCUCUAGAGCUGCCCGCAGUAGUGACUCUCUCUAGAGCUGCCCGCAGUAGUGACUCUCUCUAGAGUGGGCUCCUGAGUGGCGCAGCGGUCUAAGGCACUGCAACUCAGUGCUAGAGGCGUCACUACAGACACCCUGGUUCGAAUCCAAGCUGUAUCACAACCGGCCAUGAUUGGUAGUCCCAUAGGGCGGAGCACAAUGUCGUCCGGGUUUGGCCGGUGUAGGCCGUCUUUGUAAAUAAGAAUUUGUUCUUAACUGACUUGCCUAGCUAAAUAAAGGUUAAAUAAUGACUCUAGAGCUGCCUACAGUACUGACUCUAGAGCUGCCUACAGUACUGACUCUCGAGCUGCCUACAGUAAUGACUCUCGAGCCGCCUACAGUACUGACUCUCGAGCUGCCUACAGUAAUGACUCAGUGGGCCUUUCUAAAUUGGAUAUUUUGCACAGAAUGAUCAUUAUUAGGCUAAUAAUAAUAAGGGCCUCAAAGAAAAUAAUGUUCCGGUGGGUUAGAAAUCUCUGGGCCGACUCUGGUCCCAGUCCGCCCCCGGUCUCAGGCCGACUCUGGUCCCAGUCCGCCCCUGGUCCCAGGCCGACUCUGGUCCCAGUCCGCCCCUGGUCCCAGGCCGACUCUGGUCCCAGGCCGACUCUGGUCCCAGGCCGCCCCUGGUCCCAGUCGCCCCUGCCAGAACCAUAUGGUUUUGGUACAGACCAGCUGUUUAACUGUUUAACCUCUAUGACCAGUCACAACUACACUAGAGGAUAUAUUCUCUCAGAUUGUCAUAAUUUAUCAUAUUCACUUAGAGUAUCAUAAAUCCACUGCAGCAUAAUCUCAGAUUGACAAAUUCAGAAACGGACAAUCUGGAUUAUAGCUGUGUAGUCAGAAUUUAUUCCAGUCAAAGUAGCAAAAAGGAGGCUGUCAUUUUAUGAUUUAAAUGUUUUGUUUUUUUAAAACAAAUUGCGGCAAAUAUGGGCUGGUAAAGUUUGCCAUUGCUAACGAGAUCGUACUGUGAAAAAGACAGGUGACCCCUGUUGUGGCUCAGUUGUUUUGGCUUGCGUGCCAUACCUAUAGGGCAUCUUUGUACAGAAAACAGAACCAUAAAAGGAACAUGUCAUUUGCUUCAGUUAGCAAGUUGAUAGUGUAGAAUUGACCUUUACUAUAAUCUUGAUAUGUUGUUUGUUUUUACACGUAAAGGGCUGCUGUGUCACUUUGUCAUGUCAUCGGUAAAACAGCACAAAAUAUAUAUACUGUCAAUUCAGUAUUUGAUUUGUUGGAAGAAACAGCGAAUGUGAACUUUUUCUUAACUCCAAAAGUUUAGGAGUUUAUGAGAAUGCAACGUGAAAGUUUAAAUAUAAUUAAAUAUGAGAAAGUGAUACUGUGUGUGUGGUUUGAUUUGAGCACUGAAAACUAAUUUAAUUUUGUCUUACCCAAACACCCCCCAAGACACACACAUACAUUGAGGCAAUGGGUCAGCCACAGUG